AUGGCGGCUACACUUCCUCUCUUAUGUAUCGAAGCAAUAAUUGAGAAUCUAUCAAAUAAUAAUGAACAGCAACAACCGCGACGAUUUCAACAAUCACAUUUUAAGCUACUCUUAAUUAAUCGGCAUUGGUGUCAAAGUAUCAUGCCGAAACUUUGGAUUAAACCGUUCGACGAUUGCAGCGCUCGAAACGAACCUAAAUUAUUUCAAACUGUCGUCAAUUGUCUUGAUGAAGAAACAAAAUUAUUACUUGCGCCAGAGUUUUUGAACAAGUCACCGCCAACAUUCCAAUAUCUUUAUUUCAUCAAAUAUUUGAACAUCAUAACAUUAAUUGAAGUGGCAAUUCGCUCUCGAAUGCAACGGAAUAAAAUUGAACUCGCGUAUGCAAUUUACCGUAAAUUACUCAGCAACGACGUCGGUCACACUCUGAAUAAGCUCAAUAUCAAUUUCGCGACAGCUUCUCGUUCGCAUAUACGAUGGGACACCGUGAGCAAAUUCUCGAAUAAAAAUUUCGUCCGAGAUUGGGAUCCUUUUCGUCUUACCAACGGUCGGAAAUCCCUCGCGAAUCUUUUCAGUCUGACGCUAUCCGAGGAAUACAGUAAUCGUUUCUUACCGGUUGCUGCGAAAGCAUGUCCAAAUGUGUCGGAAAUUUUUAUUGAAAUUUUUCCCGGGGAAAGUACGUUUAUGCAGCCAACCUCUUUGCAACGUAUCUACAAGAUGUUCUCGUUGCUGGAUCUGUUUCCAAAAUUAUCGAGUUUCUGCUUAUUUCACGUUCGCCGCCGCCGAGUCAGUUAUAAAUCCAGCAAAUUCCUGGAAGAACUGGGUGAUCAUCUGCCAUCGAAAAAAUAUCAUCAUUUUAUUCUCGACAUAAAUCUUGAAUUCUCUGGAGAAUCUCUGGACACAUUCUUUCAGAAAACGACGGCAACGUUUCAAACCUUUGCAAUCCCAGCAGUGGAUUACAUCUCGGAUCAAUGUUUGGACGUCUUUAUAAAAUACGCGGAAAGUCAUAAGAUAAAAGAGCUUGAUAUCGGAAAGGCUAGACUCACCUCUAAAGAGGCAUUGGAAGAAGCGAAAAAAGUCAUCCCAAAGAUUCAUCGUAAUCCAGCCUACGUUUUGGAUUUUAUUAUUGUAGAAGACGAUAUAUGGGAUGAAAUUUUCAGUAUGUUCUAG